UCAGGUAAGCGCAGUUAGUUUAAGGGGUGUUGGGAGGACGCGACGAAAACAUAUAGGCUUCAAAUAAGCCUAAGAAUUAAAUUACGGUAGAGUGCGAAUGUUUCAGGAUAGAGAGUGUGCGAGCGAGAGAGAGGGAUCACCAAGUGCACGCGCGAUUUCUGGAAGGCGCGCGACUGCUGUGGCUGUGUACGUGCGCAGAGGAAGUGAAGCGUAACGGUACCUGUUACCUGUUAUUUUUUGACUUGCACGUGCUUUCAGGGAUACCCAUAUAUUCCUAACCUAUAGCGAAUAACACGCUCAGGUUUGGCCUGGUGAUGUGAAGGGGAAGGCAAGGACACGAUCAUUUCUGGUGAAGAGAGUCGCAUGUUAUCCACCGCGCGGAUGGCAGAUUAUUUUCGGAGAAACGUCGCCUGCUUUCUUUCAGAUGGGGUGAGACGCAUCCCGGCAGGAAGGUCCCGAGGCUGGACCGGAGGACAGUCUGGACCCAGGGCAUUGCAACAGCAACAACAAUAAUAAUAUAUGCAAGUCAAAAAGAGAAAAACGACUGAGGAUGCAGGGGGUGACGGUGACCGGAGAGGCGCCCACACUGAACGGGGGUGGACGGGAAGAGCAACGUCCUCUCAAGCAGUCCUUAAGCGGUUCUCUGUGCCGGGAGUCUCAUUGGAAGUGCCUGUUACUGACCCUGCUCAUGUACGGAUGCUUUGGCACACUAGGCUGGUGCUCCCUCUACCGCAUCACCGUCAUGGCUUCUGAUGACCAAGGCCCUGCCUACUACUAUGGCGACCGAGCCCGGCUCUACCACGAUAGUCCCUGCUCCAACGGAUAUGUCUACAUCCCUGUGGCUUUCCUUGCCAUGCUUUAUGUCGUCUACCUGGUAGAGUGCUGGCAUUGCUACUCCAAAACAGCCAACCUGGCUAAAGUGGAGAUCAGUCAGGUGUAUGACAGGAUCCAGCGCCUGCAGCAGGCCACACCAUGCAUCUGGUGGAAGGCCAUCAGUUAUCAUUAUGUACGGCGGACCAGGCAAGUGACACGCUACCGCAAUGGAGAUGCCUACACCACCACACAGGUAUACCAUGAACGGGUCAACACACACACCGCCAGUUCUGAGUUUGACUACUCGCGGCAUGGUGUCAAGGAUGUGUCCAAAGAGCUGCAGGGCUUACUAGACCACCCAGUAACACGGAUGCGCUUCACUAAGUGCUUCAGUUUUGCUAGUGCUCGUGCAGAGACCGCCUACCUUACACAGCGAGCACGCUUCUUUGGUGAUAAUGAAGGUCUGGAUGACUACAUGGAAGCACGGGAGGGUAUGCACCUGAAAAAUGUAGACUUUAGGGAGCACAUGCUGGCAUUCCCAGAUCCUGCUCGACCACCUUGGUACACACGACGUUGUGUAUACUGGCUUGCAUCUGCUCUGCUGCUCUCCUGGCCACUCCGCGUAGUGGUUGAGUACCGCACAGCCUAUGUCCACUAUCACGUUGAGAAGCUGUUUGGUGAGAAUGAAGAUGCCAAUGAAAAUGAAAAUAGAGACAACUAUCAGACAGGCUUCGAGCGUGGCUCUGGAGGACCCACUUUGCACGUCAUAUCACGAGUAAACACAGUGGACAUAACUGAACUGGAAUGGCACAUUCGCUGCAACCAGCAAAUAGUGCCCAGCUACUCAGAGGCCUUGUUAAUGGACCUGGACAUCAACCCAAACACACCGUUGUCUGUUGCAAUGGCAGCCCAAAUGAGACGCAACUCCAGCUACUUCCUCCAGAGUUGCCCUCGGUGUCGGAGGACGACAAGCAGCUCAUCUCUGCCUUCAUGGGUUAGAGGGAACAUGGUUGUAGGGGCAAACUCAUUUCCCAUCAGAGCAGGAGGAAGGUUGACACUGAGUCGCAGCGGCUUCUCCCUGGGACGCUUGCACACCACCCGAAACCGUCAUACCUGCCUGUUUCACUCAAGGAGUCUCGGAGGAGGUUUGGCAGGACGAGGGGAAGAGGGAGGUGGCUUUCUGGGCCUGGGGUUCCGUGGGUCAGAUGAGGAGAGAAGGGGCGUUCUAGAGGGGGAGGAUGAGGAGAACAGUGAGGUUGAGGAACGACGGCAGAGGCAGGGAGAUGACAUAGAAAAUGGCGAGGCCAGAGGAGAGGAGAGAGACAGGCCACCAGCCUAUCAAGAUGCUCUGUACUUUCCUGUGUUGAUCAUUCAUGGAGAAGAGAGCUGUCAUGGGGGGCGGGAUAUUGAUACAGGAUAAUGGCUGGGUUUAGUUGGGAAUGUAGAUUAGAAAGUUUGCACUGGUGUGUAUAGACUGCAUGUAGAAGGACCUCAGGUAAGUGAAUCAAACAGAUGAAACAGGGUCAGAGAUGGGGGAUCAUGGAAGAAAAUAGAGCUUGUACCUAGGGAACAGACAGUAUAUAGGCUAAAUAUAAGAUGAAAACUGAUUGGAGAAAACAUGUACUGUCAGCUUUAAAAAUGAGAGUAGAAAUGAAUAAUGACUCAGAUGUCAGCGAGUGUAUGUAGGGUUUAAAUAAAAAUGAGAUAUAUGUAGGUCAAUCUGUCUCAUGUCAAGUUGACAUGAACUGACCGUUUUAGGAAAAAAAAAAAAAAUUCUAAUAAGCAUGAAUAAUUACAUAUCAGUAUCGUUAUUUUAUACCUUGCAACAGCAUCAUGAAAACUGAAAUAAAAGCUGAAUUUGUCCAUGUAAUCUUUUACUCUAGGAGUAUUGUAGUUUACAUGGAAACUUGGACCACUGUACCUGAUCACUUAGUGAAGACAUUCCACACCUAGCAAGUUAAAAAUUUAUGUAGUUCAUGCAGACAUUUGCAUAAUGCCAUUGUAAAACCAGAAGUGUAACAGUAGUUAUACUGUAUAAAAGAAGUUCAGUUCUUUAAAGAAAUCAGAGCAGAUUGAAACAAAGUCAAAAGAUCUCAGGGGAAAAGAAUACUUUUUUAAUGGGGAAUGAAAGAGGGCUGGAAAAGAUUUGUUAAGUGAGCAUGUAGACUGAUGGUAGUCCUUUGCUGUUUGUAUUUGUGCUCCAACCAACUGUAUUGUCUCAGACUUGUUUUAAUUGCUUACAUUGCUUUACAAAGCUUGGUGCUCAUGACACUGUUGUUGUCCUUAAAGGUGUUUCUAUUCAGCUACUGCUAGAAAAAGUAAAACUGAACAUAGCUAUAAUACAGCAUUAUUUUUCAACUUGCAUAGUCACAUAGACAUAUAUGAUUUGCAUAGUCUGGACUUGGGAGGAAAUGUGUAAAAUGAUAACAAUGUUAAAGGAGAAGUAUGUAAAAUGUAACAUUAGUAUAAAAACAAUCUCAUAUGUCACUCUUCACAUCACCUGCCCCUGUACUGCUUCUUUGUUACAUUUAUAGAACGCUGUCCUUUAGUAUGUUGAUGAUUCAUUGAAAAAAAAUAUAGAUUACUUCAAUGUCUAAUGACUGUCACUAAUGAAAGCACACAAUUGCGUAUAAAACACAAGUCAUGAUCCAGAGCUACACUGUCCAAGAUUAACAGUUCAUUAGACACAAAUCAGCUUGAGUCCAAGUUUACUGACACAGAUGAGCAUCUGCACAUAGUGUAGCCUCACUAGCAAGCACAAGUAAUACGAUUUACAAACAGUACAGGGAAGGGUGUGAACUAAGACUGACUGUUGAGAAACUCAUCACAGAGUGAAUGAAUGUACAGCAGAGGCCCGCAUAUUUGAGAGGAAUUUAUUCUGCAGCAAAAUCUGGGCUGUCAACAAGAAGCCUCAAAUGCAUCACUAUUUUGUCAGCAGGAUUGCUAUUAUCCUAUGUUCACACUAGCAAGCAAUAAGUCACUCUUGUCGCUUGUAGUUUGUCUCUUGUGGAUAUGUAGCAACUGCUACUGUUUCCACCUGUAAUAUCCAACAUUUUUUAUUUUUUUUAUUUUUAGCUCUGAUGAGAAAGGUAGUAAAUAUUAGUAGCUUCUAAAGCUUACAAGUGGAAAAACAAAUGAAAUAAUGCACAAAUCAGUGUGAACAUUGGCUGUUUGUGCCAACAACCAAUUUUCUGCAACUUCCUUCCAAAUGUUAUUCUUCUUCUUAAUAAUAUCUCUAUACACAUCGACAUGAUAGGAUAAGAUGAAGCUGUGGUUAUAGGUGGCCAUGGGUUUCUUCCACUGUUGCUUGUCAGACAUUAAAUAUAAACUAAUUAUAUGUAGGAAGUAAAAUUCUGAGUGGGGAACUGAAGAAAUGUUGGAUCAUAUGUGCUAUCGGAUUGGUUCACUGGAUAAUUCAAACCAGGCAUUCGGAUUCAUCAUUUUACUGAGUCAUAUCUAAUUUGCAUAGAAUAUAAGUGUAAAAAUCUCAAUUCACAUGUUGAAUGGUCAUCUGUUGCUUUAUUGCUUGCUAGUGUGAAUGUUAGGAUUAGGCUAGUUAUUACUAAAACUUCCACUAGCACUGAACCUUAUUUCUGUGAUGAUGAUGAUGUUGAUGGUGAUGAUGAUAACAAUGGUUAUUCUGGGGGUCAUAUAAAUAAAGUCAAACACAUAGAAAUGUGUUUAAUGAGUAGUUAUUUUGUUAACCACUGCAACACUAUGAGUUACGGUUGUUGUUAUUAUGCUGUUUGCUAGGGGGUGGAAAAAGUACAGAGAAAUUAUACUUUAGUGAAAGUAAAAAUAGUGUGUCAAAAUCUUACUUGAAACAGUGUCCAGCGAAAAAAUUUAGUUAUUCAAAGUCAAAAGGUACUUUGAAAUACUUUUUUUUGAUACUUUUAAAUGUACUCAAGUAUUAAAAAAAAAAAAGAAAAGAAAAAGUAAACUGAUCAAAUUAAGUAAUGUCAUAUUUUCAUGUGAAAAUCAUCAUUUGGUCUCAUAAUUUAUGUUCUUCAUGGUAAAUGCACAGAAUUCAUAGGUGAGCCUUAUGGAGACCCAACAUUUACACCCAAUGAUGGGAGAUUAUUUGAUUAUCAACACUUGUUACAGCAUGUUUUUAAUUAGAAAGCAAAAAGGUAAAGGUAAAGAUAAACAACUAAAAAACACCUUUAUGCUGACUUUACAUUGUUGUGAAGAAACCUAGUUCCUAUGAAUAUGCAAAUUGGAAACUCUCCCAAACCUAAAUGCACCAAUAAUUUCCCCGGGUGUUUGCAUACUGAAACUUGACAGGCUCUCAUAUUUUAUGAUGCAAUAAUGCUUUUCUGUUACAUGUUCAACAAUAACUCAUAUUUUCCAAUAAAAUGUUCAGCUCCAAUUUUAAUAAUAAUAAAAUUUUUUUUGGAAAUUCUUGAAAUUAAUAUUUUAACUAGUCAAAUGAAUUACUCAAAGAUGAUUGAGAAAAAAUGUUUAUGAAGAUUUAAUUUAACUGAUGCUAAUUUAUGUGGACUGCUUUUUAGGUAAGAAUGGAAUUACAUUAGUUAAAGGUAGGGAUGCACCGAAAUGAAAAUUCUCGGCCGAAGCUGAAACCGAAUAUAAUGAAAAACUUGUCCGAAUGCCGAAUACCGAGCACGUUUUUUCGCGUUUUUUUCCAUUUAUUUUGCCAUUUUUUUCACCAUUGCAUAAAUGAAAUAGUCAAAAUGUGCUUUUUGCUAUUUUGUCUAGCUUUUCAAAGAAGAAAAUCAAUUACAAAAACUACAAUUUCAAAAUAUUUAUUUAACACUGAACAUUUUUUUUCAUUCCAGCAGGCAUAGGCUAUCAACAAGGCACAAUAUAACUUUAAAUAAAUAAAUGAGUAAAAUAAAAAUAUUUUGAUGUGGUCAUCUUUGAGCCCCCCUUGAAUAGCCGAUGUUAGGCCUAUAACUGACUGCUGAAAGAAUGUAACACUCUGCAGCCUACAACAAAAAUGUGCAUUAAAAGGUGCAUCGAGUGCAAAAAAUGGUUAUAAUCGGUUCUAUACGGCUGAUUAUAUUCGGGAUAUAUACCGCUCGCGUCCCUGUACACCUCGCGGAGUAUUAUAGUAGAUAUGUUGUUAAUGUUAUGUACCGUGAUAGAUUUAGUUAUUUUAAACUAUAGAUUAGUUAAUUUAGUCCCCGCUGGUUUUUCCGCUCCCAGUCCAUAGUACUAGUUCAUGUUUCUUGUUUUGUGUUUUGACCCUGUUUUCUGUGACCACGACUUUGAUUCCUGGUUUUCCUCCGUUUAUGCCUGUCUUGACUACGUUUUUUGGAUUACGAUUUGGAUUUGUCUGCCUGCCCUUAAAUAAAUACGUCUUUACCUGCUUUCGUACUCUACUCCCUUACGUCUCGCAACGUGACAGAAUACUCCGGAACAGAAACAAAACAAACGCACGUUUACUGUCCACAGUAAACGGCCGAAGAGCACGAAGCUCGUGCAUGUAGCUCCUACAUGCGCGCGCCCCCUCAUCGAGGUCGUGACUUUCGCGCGUCUCACUCUGGUUGCUAGGCUAUUUUGUCGCAUCAUCAAACACGUCAUUGUUCGGUAAAAUUUUUUUCGGAUUUUUCACUUAUUUGCCCAAACACCGAAAAUGCUUUUUUUGCUAUUUUUGACCAAAUAAUUUCGGUUGCCGAACAUUCGGUGCAUCCCUAGUUAAGGGGGUGUUUAUUUUUAUUUAACAGCUAAACAAAUAUUAAUCAAUACUAGUGUUAAUGAUUAACAUUACUAUGCAUUAAUAAGGACGUUCAUGAAUUGUUAAUUGAUAAUUGUAAUAUGAUAAAUAAUGUCAGAUAACCCUGUAAAGUCCCACUGAGUUAUUUAUUCUAAAGCAUAAUAUUCAUAUUAAACAUAUUAUUCAGCAUGUAUUCAGCAAUUGUUCAGUAAUCAGAGUUAAACUAAUAGGAAAUUUAUGCAGUUGAGAAUCUGAGAAAUGUAAAUCUGUACCUGACAGCCAGGCCUGUUCACCCAAAAAAAUGUGAACAGUCACUUUAUACUUUUGUUAAGCUCCUUACUUAUUUCAUUGCAUUUUACUACUGGAGUGUUUCUGAGUGAUUAGUUUAGUCGGUGAUCAAGCUGUUUUGUAGGUUAGGAUCAAAACUUAUGGAGGACAUCCUGCUGAGUUUUUUUUUUUUUUCUUUAAAUGUUGAUCUGCUUAAGUGUUGUUUUUUUUUAUGUCAUUCUGUUUAUAUGCGGUAAUUUAUUUUAAACAGAUUAGUUUCAACUUCUUUAUUUACCUGGAAAAGACACAGUUGCUGUAUUGUGAUGGUUUUGAGAAUUAAUAGAAGUGAUAUAUUAUGGAUGAAUUGAUAUUUACUGAAAGAUUCUUGUUUAUUUGUAUUAACAUGCAUGGAUAGGCAGAAAAAAAAAUUCUACUGUAUACUGUAGGGCUUUCCCUUCCCACCUUUUUGUCUCAGUCUCUUCUAAUCUGUGCAUGAAGGGCAAUGCUGUUGUAGUCACUCCACUAAUGACAAUGAGAUAUGACAAAUGAGGGAGAGAGAGGAAAGAUAAGGGAAAAAAUGCUUGCACACCUGGGAGAAAUAGCGGCUCAGUUGCACUGGAAAUUACUUUUGGAUGUAUGGAGGACAGACAAGGACAAGAGACUGCAGUAAUAAAAUAACAGUACAUCAAGUCUGCUUCUCUGGUAAGUGGAGUUUGCUUACUUGGAAUGGGAAACUGAUAAACUGGGUGGGUUC